AUGUGUGACAUUCUGCCUACGCUCACUUGUGAUGAUCCAACGCUUUCUCAAGUGGAAACCACAACAUCGAUUGCCCCUGCGAACACUCAGUUAAAUUUUCUACUACCUCAAGCGGAUACGAAGGAUGUGAUAGAUCCUCAAGGAUGUCUUUAUUGGAUCACACGAGCAAAAUACAAAUGGAUAAAGGCUGAAGAUCGAAGCAAAGAGCAUGGAAAAAUAACUAUUUUGGAUGAAGGUUACCUUUAA